UUCCAGCCCUGGUAGUGACCUGGAAGAAGCAGACUCUUGUAGAACAGUUAAUGUUUGACUGAUUUUUGUUCACAUUGUAUUAACCUGUUUUUUUUUUUAUUUUUUAUUUUUUAUUUAGCUCUUGCCAAGUUUUUCUCUGUCCCACCAUGAUAUAAGGAAGGGUCUUUAAUAUACUAUUUUUUUUUUUUUUUGUGGACUCAAUUUAAUUCUUGUUCUGUAGAUACCCUUUUGAGGAGAGCAUAUGACAAAAACAUCCCAAAGCAGGUGGGUUUCUUGGCAUACUUUAGGUAUGGUUGAGAUAUAAAUAUAUAUAUAAUUUUUUUUUUUUUUUAAAGACUGGGGUCUCCAGAAUACAUAUCACUGCCAUUAGCCAUUUGGUGUUUUGCACACUCAUGGGGUCACUUCUGCAAUGAAAUACAGUCUAUGUUACUUUGCAUUAAGAGGAUCCAGUAUCUUGAGAUCAGCUCCUUUAAGAGGACACUAGUUAUUUCUGAAGUCUUUUCUGGUAGAAUAAGCCUGACUCUCACAGAGAAGGUGUCUACAAGUACAAGCAAAUAUUUACAGGUUUCUAUGAAAGGGCAUUUGGGUAAAAUGUACUUACCAAUCAUCAAAAGGCUAUAUUUUUACAAAUCGAGGUUUUUUUUUUUUUAAUGGUACACUGUAUAUUAGUCCUUGAAUUGUUUUGAGUGCAAAAGAUGCAGUUCUGAUCGCUUACUGAAAAAUCCAUUGGAGGCAUGGCCCUCACAAGUGGGGGCUUGAUGAAAUUGACCAAGGAACCCUUCCUCUAAUGAGCACUCUUCUUGAAUUUUUUAUCAAGAACAGGGGAAUGCUUCAGGAGGAAGGAUGAACCCAUAGGAUUUCUAUCUGUACUUAUCAGUUUUAUCCCAGUGUUAUCUUUGGAUAAUAAGCUCCAUUCUUCGCUCCUUUUCUUGUUCUCGUUAGUAUAAAAAGAUUUGGAAUGGGUUUGAUUCAAGCUGAGGUAUUAGGUCCCUGAUAAACAGUUUGUCUUUUCUGGUCCUUUUGGUUGUCCCAUCAGCAGCCUGUUUUCUCCUGGCCACAUAGGUAUCAAUUGUCUGACAGCCAGGACAUUGCAUGAUUGCCACCUGCUAUGGUGUGAACGUAGCCUAUAUUAUUGGCAAUAUUUUCAAGGGUACCUUAAUGUCCUUGUUCUUAGCUGCAAGGAGUCCUCUUUCUUUCCAGAUAACUUCAUGAGUAUGUACUAUCUUGAAGGCAUAUUUUGAGUCAGUAUAAAUGCUUACCUUCUUUCCUUUGGUCAGUCAGAGCUCUUGUGAGAAAAAUUAGCUUGGCUUUCUGGGUUGAUGUUGUUCACAGCAAAAUCUCAGUUUUUUAAAAAAAAUAUUUAUUUAUUUAUUUUAGUUUUCGGUGGACACACCAUCUUUGUUUGUAUAUGGUGCUGAGGAUCGAACCCAGGCCACACGCAUGCCAUGCGAGCGCCCUACCGCUUGAGCCACAUCCCCAGCCCCCAAAUCUCAGUUUUUAAUUUCUGUUGUGCCAUGACUGCCAAGUAUCCAGCCAUGAUCCUGCCUCUAUAGAUGAAGAUGUUUCCGUCUGGCUCAGUGAUAGGCUAAUCAAGCAAAUCCCACUUGCCAUAGAUCUCCAAGUUCUCAGAGUAGUCAUGUCAUCUACUGGUAACAGGUUUUUUUGAUUUAAGGUGGCAUGGUUUCUGUUGAGGUUGACAUUUGGAUUGUCAGAUAGGAUGACCUGUGAUCUCCCUAUCAUCCUAGGAGUCAGCUGACACCAAUCCUUCUGUUUUAGUAGGAUAGGACUUGAUGAGCAACAAACCCAGUGAUGGAUAGUUCUAGAGUGUGUUUCUCAACCUCUUGUGGUAAAUCACCAGUGUCAAUCAUACCCCAAAGGCAGAGUACCCUCCUUUCACUGUGUGGUCAAGCCGAUGUCUCACAUAGGCUACUGGUUGCAAUAUGCCUUCAGUGUGUGUAAGAGAACUUCAUGGUCUGUGUUUUGUUUCUCAUUCACAUAGAGUCAGACAGGCCUAGGGAGGGGCUGUCAUGAACCUUUGUUUUAACUUCUCAAAGACAGCUUGGCAUUCUGGUGUAUAAGUGAAACGUUUUAUUUGUUCCUUAAAAGGAAGCCUUAAAAGGCUUCAUGCAGGAGUUUACCUGUUAGUCCAAAAACUAGGGACCCAAAUAUGGCAGCAUGCUGAGUGUUUUAGUCAAUGUUUUCAGUGCUGAGACCAAAAUUCCGAAUAACAAGAACAAUUUUAGAGGAGGAAAAGUUUGUUCAGGGGGGUUUACAGUUUCAGUCAUAGGUAGCUGACUACAUUCCUCAAGGCCUGGGAUGAGUCAGAAUAUCAUGGCAGAAGACUGUGGUGGGGAAAAGCAGUUGGGAAUAUAGUGCCAGGAAGCACAGAAAGCUUUGCUCAACAGGGACAAAAUAUAAACCCCAGGGAGUUACCUUCUCCAGCUAUACCCUACCUGCCUGCAUUUACUGUGAACCAGGGAUUAAUGCACUGAAUAGGUAAGACUGUCAUAACCCAAUCACUUUAUAUCUAAACCUUGCAUAGUCUCACAUGUGAGCUUUUGUGGGACACCUAAUAUCUAGAUCAUAACACUGACAUUUCUGGGAACCCAUGUAUCUGUCUCUAGUUCUUUAAGGCUCAAGCUAGCUUGCUUUUAAUCUGACAUCAAGAUUUAAGUCAUUGGCUAAUCAGGAGUCCCAGGUAGGUGACUUGUUUACAAAAUAAGUCAUUUUAGUGGACACCUCAUAUCCACAUGAGGGGUGGUGUUUUCCCACAGCAAUAGUAUUUGAAAAUCAGAGUUCGUAGUUGGGGUUGGCUACAGGCAGAUCAUCCUUAUAUCAUGAAAGGAUUUCUUUAUCCAGCUGUAACCCUCACAGCUAACUCUUUUGGUAGCCUUCCAUUAAACAAAACACAAAACAUUUUAAAUUCCUGAUGUAGGAUAGUCUGGCAAUCCUGAAUAGUUACUUUUGUAUUGAAGUCCUGUCACUCAAAAGCAGUGAUUAGGAAUUCUUUUUAAGAGGGUUGCAAAAGAACUCACCUUUUAAUUCUAGCACUGUGAACCAGGCAGUUACCUGACAUCACCAUUAGUAAGGUGUAUGGAUUAGGUACUGUGGGAUGAAUAUCUGAAACAGUGUAAUUUGUAGCUCUCAGGUCUUGCCCAAAUUAGUAGUCACCAGUGUGUUUUUUUCCUUUGUUACACAGGCAGGAUUGGGGUAUUGCAAGGUAUUUGCCAAAAUCAAAAUCAUCUUUUAAGAACUUGUACAGAGGAGGCUUUAAAUCCCUAUCAAUUUUUCCCUUUUUUAGGGGGUAUUUUUUUUCUUCUUCUGGGGAAGGUUAUCACCUCCUUAAACAAAAUCUUGUUUAUAAUAACAUUGAUCAUUCUUCUCAGGGUCACUUUGACCCAUAGAGUUAUUUAGUCUUUUUUGUUUUGGUACAGGGAUGGAACUCAGGGGUACUUGAAAACAGACCAAUAUCCACAGCCCCCUUUUAAAAAUUUUGAGACAGAGUCUCACUAUGUUGUUUAGGGCCUCACUAAAUUGUGGAGCCUAGCUUUGAAUGUGCUUCUUUCAACCUUCUGAGCCUCAGGGAUUACAGACAUGUGCCACUGUGAUUGGGUCAAUAGUGUGUUUUUUAAAAAUUCGCUAUCCCAAAUUGAUUUGUAAGUUAAAAAAAUUGAAUAUAGGGAUGGGGUUGUGGCUCAGUGGUAGAGUGCUUGCCUGGUAUGUGCAAGACCCUGGAUUCGAUUCUCAGCACCACAUAAAAAUAAAUAAAUAAAAAUAAAGGCAUUGUGUACAACUAAAAGAAACAAAUAUUUUUUAAAAAAUUGAAUAUAUUUCUUUUUAUUCACAUGAAAAUUUAUUUUAAUGCAUAAAAGUUGACAUUUUUAUGUCUGUGUAUAUAAAAUAUAAAUAUCACUUAAUCAAUUUGAUUUUGUUGUCUUCUUAACAUGUUUCCAUUACUGUUCUUAUUUAUAAUAACUUUCCUGCUCUGAAAAUUCUUUGUAACAUUCACACUUUCUUUUGACUUGAAUGUUCCUUCUAAAUUCCAGUUCAAAUAAACUUGGGCAAAAGUCAAGCAUUACCAUUUACUGGAUGCUUUAUAAAAUAUUAUAAAAGAUGAAUACUCUUACUGCUAUCAUAUUAUUUUCAUUUUUAUGAAUUAAGAUAUGAAAAACCUCUUAGAGUGAUAUGUACACAUUUGAAUUAUCAAAAAGGAUUGUUGCUAUUUGCUAUUUUAAUAACAUGCAUAAAUCCCAUAAAAUAUUUGAAUGUAGACUCAUCAAUGAAUGUUUCAUUUAGUGGUCUAGCUCCUUGCAAUUCAAAAAUUUCUCUGAUACCACUGUUAUUGGAAUCACUAGAGAGCUUGCUGUACAUUUAGACAACCAGGUUUCAUCUCAGAACUACUGAAUCAAGAGUGUACAUUUUAGUAAAUCUCUGAUUCGUGGUUGUACAAUUACAAUUUUAGAAUUACCCUUCUAAAUCAUGAUAACUUACCUAUGUGAGGCAUAUGUACAAUUUAUCUUAUGAUAGGUAAAAUAACAAUUAAAAUGUAUAUUCUUGUUUUGAUGCCAUAAUUUUAUAUUUUAUUUCACAAAAGUAGGGUAUAUACACUUUUUGUACUUAUGUCACUUUUUCCUCAGAAUUAGAUUAUAGAGAGUAUCACUGUGUUUAAAAUUAUCUUAUUAAAUACUAGAAGUUUCUCACCUACAUGAGAGCCAUUUCUAAUUUCAACUUUGGUUAAUUAAAAACUCUGAAAUAUCAUGUGGUCAAUGUGCUAUUUAUAUACUGAUUCUCAUUCCAGGAAUUGUUGGCAUUCAGAGAUGUGGCCAUUAAUUUCUCUGAAGAGGAGUGGGAAUGCCUGGAUUCUGCUCAGCGAAAUUUAUAUAGAGAUGUGAUGUUAGAGAACUACAGAAACUUGGUCUUCCUGGUCUAUUUAUUUCUGGAGUAAUGAUGGCCUUGGAUUUCCUGCUGAUGUCCUGACAUGGCCAGGACUUCUCAUCAUAUGCAUGAAUCUCCACCAGAGCAGGGAAUAAAAUAUUUGUUUCAAAGAAUGAUGAAGGGAAGAUACCAUGACAGUGAUAAACCCUACAAAUUUAAAGAAUGUGGCAAAAGUUUUAAUCAAAGAUCACCCCCGGUUAAGCAUCAGAGUAUUUGUGCUGGAGAGAAGCCAUGCAAGUGUAAAGAAUGUGUCACAGCCAUUAAUAAUUGCUCAACCCUUUCUGAACGUCUCAGAUUUCAUAGCUGUGAGAGAACAAAAAGCUCACUUGAUAAUCAAUGCCAGUUACUUUGUACUGGAGACAAAUCCUACAAGUGUGAAGAAUAUGCCAAAUCCUUGAAGAAUUUUUCAAUCUUUACUCAACCCCAAGGUUCUUAUAAUGGAAAGAAGUACAACUGUAAAGAAUGUGGCAAAGUUUUUCAUAUGAGAUCAUUGCUUACUGCACACAAGAGAAAUCAUACAAGGGAGUGGCCCUACAAAUGUGAAGAAUGUAGCAAAGGUUUUUAUCAAUCAUCACAGCUUAAAACACACCAGAGAAGUCAUACUGGAGAGCGGCCCUACAAAUGUGAUGAAUGUGGCAAAGGUUUUAGUCAAAGAUCAAGUCUUACUCAACAUGAGAAAAUUCAUACUGGAGAGCGGCCCUAUACAUGUGAAGAAUGUGGUAAAAGAUUUUAUCAAAGAUCAAAGCUUGCUGAACACCAGAGAGUUCAUACUGGAGAGAGGCCCUACACAUGUGAAGAAUGUGGUAAAGGUUUUAGUCAAAGAUCAACCCUUACUCACCACCAAAGAGUUCAUACCGGAGAGAAACCCUAUAAAUGUGAAGAAUGUGGCAAGGGUUUUCAACAAAGAUCAUAUUUUAAGAUACACCAGAGAAUUCACACUGGCGAGCGGCCAUACAAAUGUGAAAAAUGUGGCAAAGGUUUUAGUCAAAAAUCAAGCCUUACUCAACACCAGAGAAUUCAUACUGGAGAGCGACCCUACAAAUGUGAAGAAUGUGGCAAAGAUUUUAAAGAAAGAUCAUAUCUUAAGGAACACCAGCGAGUUCAUACUGGAGAGCGGCAUUACAAAUGUGAAGAAUGUGGCAAAAGCUUUUAUUUCAGAGCAGGCCUUACUCAACACCAGAGAAUUCAUACUGGAGAGCGCCCCUACAAAUGUAAAGAAUGUGGCAAAGGUUUUAAGCAAGGAGCACAUCUUAAUGAACACCAGAAAAUUCACACUGGAGAAAAGUCCUACAAAUGUAAAGAAUGUAACAAAACUUUUAAUGAAAUUCAAAACCUUCCUCCACAUCACAGUGUUGAUACUGUUGAGAAGCCCUACAAAUGUGGAGGAUGUGGCAAACCUUUUAAUCAAAGAUCAGACCUUGUUUAUUACCAGAAAAAUCAUGCUGGAAAAAAUCUCUACACAUGUGAAGAAUGUGGCAAAGGCUUUCAUUACAGAUCAAAUCUUAUUAUACACCAGAGAAUUCAUACGGGAGAGAAGCCCUACAAAUGUAAAGAAUGUGCCAAAGAUUUUUGUAGAAAAUCAAGCCUUACUAGCCAUCAGAGAGUUCAUACUGGAGAGAAGCCUUACAAAUGUAAAGAAUGUAGCAAAGGUUUCGCUCAAACAUCACAACUUAAAGUGCACCAGAGAAUUCAUACUGGAGAGAAGCCAUACAAUUGUAAAGAAUGUGGCAAAGCUUUCAGUCAAAGAGCUAAGCUUGCUGACCACCAGAGCAUUCAUACUGGAGAGUGGCCCUACACAUGUGAAGAAUGUGGCAAAAGUUUUAAUUACAUAUCAAUCUUUACUCAACACCAGAAAAGUCAUACUGGAGAUAGGCCCUAUAACUGUGAAGAAUGUAGCAAAGCUUUUCAUCACAGAUCGACCCUUGCCAAACACCAGAAAUUUCAUAUUGGAGGGAAGCUCUACAAAUGUGAAAAAUGUGGCAAAGGUUUUAACCAAAGGUCAUACCUUAUUGAUCACAAGAGAAUUCAUACUGGACAGAAGCCAUACCAUUGUAAAUAACGUCAAAGGUUUUGAUUGAAAACCAUGCCUUACACUACAUCAGAGAAUCCAUACUGGAGAGAACCUCUACAAGUGAAACGUGACACUGUCAACAGUUGACAAUGGUUCAACACUUACUCCACACCAGAGGAAUCAUAGCAGAUAGAAAUAGAAAUGUAAAAAAAAAUUGAGAAAGUUUCCAACAGUUGUUCACUCAGAUAUUGUUCAGUCCCUUGAGAAUUUAUACGAGAGAGAGAGAGAGGGAGGGAGGGAGAGAGAGAGAGAGA